GCGUGCAUGGGCGACCCGGGCUACGGCGGCGCCACAUGGGGCGACGACCUGCAGAUCUACAAGGCCAAGAAGGCGGUCGUUCCAUGGCGCACCGAGGACCAGCGACCCGUCAAGCACGUGACGCGGUACGAAAAGUCCAGAGAGGAGCGCGAGUACGACCUCGUGCGGGCCGAAUACCGCGACGUCCAGCGGGAAGCUGCCGCCAAAGACACGGAGAUCAAGGCGCGCCUCGACCACGUCAUUGCGGCCAAGGCCCAGCAGAGCAAAUACGUCCAGAAGCACAAUUUAAUCAACCACUACUGCGCCGAGAAAGAGCCGGUGGUCGAGACCCACCGACCGCCCAACACACGCGUCGGCUACAACAUUGUCACCAACGUGGCGCUCAGAACGCCGCCGAGCAAGGUCGUCAAGCCCGAGGACGCGUACAAGGGCAAGAAAAUGGUCGAGUCGCAGCACAUUUCAAGGCCGUUUAGCGUCAUUAGCAACAAGUACCACACGGAGCACGAGACGCGCGCGCUGGCCGAAGCCGCGGCCGCCAAAGCCAACGCCAUCGCCAAGUUCAACAAGACGCGCGACUUCGACCCGCUCCUCUCGCGCUACUACAAUGCGGAGAAAGAAAUGUCGUUUCUGGCGGCGCGGGACGCACAUGCCAAAGUACACGGUGCGGGCCGCGACGAUGCGCUGCCGCACGGCGAGCAGUUCAGCGCCGGGCGCCUCUACAAUAUCAUCAACCAAAAGAUUCUGCGCCCGGACAAGUAUGAAAAGGUCACCAACGUCGUCAACCGCCGACUCAAUUGCAUGAAAACCACGCAAGUCAACAAGGCGAUCCAAGUGCGCGCCUUCCAAGAAGAAGACCACGCGCUCGAUCUGCGCUUGAACCGGUCGACGCACGCGCGCAACAGCCAAGCGUACGUGCACGGGUUCGAUCCCGUGACCAACCAGCCGUUCGACGGCCGGCUGCGCAAGCCCAAGGUGCCACUGCGCACCAAGCCGCACCCGACGCCGUGGGUGCGUCUCGAGGGUCCAUCGAGCAAUCAAGUGACGGAAAACGUCUUGCCGCGCGUGUCCGAGCCCAUGCCGUACUCGGGUCUCAACCAGAUCCAGCCGGAAAUCCUCUUCAUUGGGCACGACAAUCCAGCCACGAAUCUGCCGCGGCUCGGGGCAUAGACACGGCGUCCACCAUAGUAGUAGUUAAUGCCACGCAAGUUGUCCUUCAACUUUCAAUGCCGUGGCAACGUGCGGUUUCUUUCGACCCCUCUGCC